UAGGGUUUUCUGUUUUCAUGGUAAUAAUCGGAACAAUAUACGAUAUAUUCAUGAAUCAAAAAUGUUCAAAUGAGGAGAAUAAAAUUAACAAUAAUGGGAAAACCAUAAUUCAGGAAAUGGAAAUAGAAACGGCUUCGUCUUUACAGGAACGUAGAAUUGGAAAAAUACUAACAUGUUUCUCCGCUUACGCAAAUACGAAAGUAAUAUUUAAUAUGAAAUUACACACCGACACGCUGCCUAUUGUUCACGGCUUAAAAUUUCUAACUAUGUGCUGGCUAAUAAUGGGCCAUUCUGCAGCUUACAUAUCAGACUAUCUCGAUAAUAAACCCACAAUUUGGAGAUUCACCGCUGGUUUCUUCGCUCAAAUAUUAAGCAGUGCACCCAUGGGAGUCGAUUCCUACUUGUUUUUAAGCGGACUUUUGGUAACCUAUUUUUACAUAAAGGAUAAAAUGGACAAAGAUCGAAUACAAACAUUCACUUACAGCGCAAAAAUGAAUGAAUUCUUCGUCAUUGUAAUAAGAAGAUUUAUCCGGCUGACUCCGCCUUACAUGAUGGUAUUAGGAAUUGCGCAGUUAAGCUCGACUUGGUUUGACAAUACCUCACAAUUUUACAUAUACGAAAGACCGCACGAAACUUGCUCAAAGUAUUGGUGGAGGAAUCUUCUUUACAUAAAUAAUUUGUUCAGUUUUAAAACAAUGUGUAUGAGUUGGAGUUGGUAUCUGUCAGUUGAUAUGCAAUUCUUCGUGAUCGCUGUGGCAUUAUUAAUUUUGUCGACAAUAUGCUUUUAUAUGGCUGCUUUUAUAUUAGGUGCACUUUUAAUAGGCUCGAUAGCCUUUUCUGGUUAUCUUUCAUACAUUUACGAAUAUACCCCAACGUUGGAUGAACAGUAUAGGCUUCUAGAUGAGUUGUACAUUCCACCAUGGGUUAGAAUAAGCCCAUAUAUUAUUGGAAUAAUUACAGGUUAUAUUUUAACACAAUUAAAAGGAAAGUUAGUUUUGAAAAAGAGAACUGUAAUUUUAUGUUGGUGCCUUGGUAGUGCUUGCAACAUUAUCACAAUAUUUGGUAUAUACAAGAGACACAUACCUAUUUUACCUUCUGCUAUUUAUGUUGCAUUGUAUAGAGGCAUUUGGGCUGUAGGUUUAGCAUGGAUUGUGAUAGCGUGCCUUACUCAGCAUGGUGGUAUUAUUUAUAAAUUUUUAUCAUUCAAAGGCUGGGUUCCAUUUAGCAGACUAUCCUAUUGUGCUUAUCUUUUAAAUCCUCUCAUCAUACAUUCGAUUCAUCUGCAAAGUGAAAAUUCAGCUCAUUUUGAGCUUCUACCCUUUACUGUCGUGUUUAUAGGACAGUUAAUAAUUAUUUAUUUCUGUUCUUAUAUAUUAUCCUUAUUAAUAGAAACGCCGUAUGUCUUGCUAAUGCGACAAACCAUGCAAGCUCGUAGUAGAAGAAAGUAUAAAUGGCGUAACAGUGAAAAAUUGUAAUUUUUCAUACAAAAUUAGUGUUUCUUCUAACUUAAGCAUCUAGAAUAUCUAUUAUUUUUAAUGAUACGAAAAAAAUGAAAAAUGUUUUAAGGAGUUACAUCACCUUGACUGCCUAAAAAUAAUAGGUAACUUUGGGAAUUUUUUUUUAGGAAAACAAUAAGAGUAAUAAAAAAUCCGUUUCAAAGCUUUUAUAAUACAAGUCUUUAGAAGUAAAAAAUAUUUGAAAAAUGCCGUUUUAUAGCUAUUGUCAAAUCGGUGUAGCGAGGAUC